AUGGUUCGGAAAGACCCUCACCAAGGCGGAACUCUCUCCGAAAUGUCCGCCCAAGGAGGCACAUCCAUGCCCAAUGAUGCCGACCGGAUGAAUACCAUCCCCUCGGUGCCACGUCCAGACCAGCGUGCCGAAAACUUCGGCUUCGACGACCAAGGUAUCGCCAAGCCCUCAAUCGCGACGGCCGCCGACAACACUACCGACUUGCCACGCUCGACCCGGGAUAUAGGUGAGAGCGGCGAGGUCAUCACCGGCAUUGGCAGCUCCAUGCCAGCCGGAAUCGAGGCCAAGCAUGCCUACAUGGGGGCUAAUCACCACGCCGACCAUGGCGAUACUCGUGGUCUCAAGCAGGCCAAGUAUGAGCGCAGUGAGUAUGAGCGCUAUCAGGGGGAUUAG